AUGGGUGACAUUCGAGUUUCAAUCGAUCGGGGCGGCACAUUUUGUGACGUGAUCGCUACAGGCGCUGAUGGAAACGACCCUUUCAUCUUCAAGCUCUUAUCAGAGGACCCAUCCAACUAUCCAGAUGCACCAGCGGAGGCAAUUCGAAGGGUAUUAGAUAAGUAUGAAGGAAAGACGAUUCCUGCCGGUGAGAAGCUCGAUGCUUCAAGAAUAGCAUCAUGCCGUAUCGGUACCACGGUUGCGACGAAUGCUCUCCUCACGGGCAAUGGCGAGAAGUUUGCUUUUGCAACUACCAAAGGUUUCAAAGACGUUUGCGUUAUUGGAGAUCAGUCUCGUCCUGAAUUGUUCAACCUUGAGAUACGCAAGCCAACCGCCCUCCACUCUAGUGUUAUCGAGAUUGAUGAGAGAGUCACCAUAGAAGACUAUGAUCUGAACCCUCACAAGCAAAAAACAGUCAACGUCGAGAACGAUGCGAACUUGGUCAAAACUCCAAGCGGUGAAGUCAUCCGGAUUCUCAAGAGACCUGAUGAGAAAAUCGUACGACAACAGCUCGAGGUCCUGCUGGAACAAGGCUACACAUCGCUCGCAGUAUGCUUCAUGCAUGCCUAUAUCUUUCCAGACCACGAGAAGAUGGUAGCCCGAAUCGCAAAGAAGGUCGGUUUUCAAUUCGUCACUAUCUCGUCUGAGACCAGCCCAGCGAUCAACUUCCUCAGAAGGAGCAACUCUACUUGUUCAGAAGCGUACUUAUACCCCAUCAUCAGACGAUACAUCAACAAUUUCCAAGCAGGCUUCAAGAUCCCUCCCCAGAGGGUAGAGUUUAUGUGCUCUGACGGUGGGCUCAAGCAGGCCGAUAAGUUUCGAGGAAACGAGGCACUGUUGAGCGGACCAGCUGGCGGUGUUGUGGGUACAGCGAAAUGUUUCGACGUUGAUGAGGGGACACCUGUUAUUGGAUUCGACAUGGGUGGUACAAGCACUGAUGUGUCGAGAUAUGACGGGAAAUACGACUUUCUCCAACAGACAUCCAUCGCUGGGCGAACUAUCAACCUGUCCAUGCUUAAUAUUGCAACUGUAGCUGCAGGAGGUGGAUCAAUCUUGUUUGCCCGCAAUGGGUUCUUAUCCGUUGGCCCAGAGUCUGCUGGAGCGCACCCGGGGCCUUCAUGCUAUAGAAAGGGAGGUCCUCUGACCGUUACCGAUGCCAAUCUGUUCCUCGGACGGCUCGUACUUUCGUCGUUCCCUGCCAUCUUUGGAGAGUCUGGAGAUCAAGAAAUAGGCACAGAAAUCGUGGCUAGCAAGUUUGAGGAAAUUACUCAAGACUUCAACCGGCAGACGUCUCAGGAUCUUACAUGCGAGGAGGUAGCUUCAGGGUUCUUGAACAUAGCCAACGAGACAAUGAGUCGACCUAUCCGAAACGCAACCGAGGCUAGAGGCUACGCUCCUGAGAGCCACAAUCUCGUGAGCUUUGGUGGUGCAGGUGGCCAGCAUGCUUGUGCUAUUGCUGAUAAGCUUGGCAUCAAGCGCGUGAUCAUACACAAACUUUCAUCGCUGCUCUCAGCUCAUGGUAUCGCGCAUGCGGAGCUUCAGUAUGAGAUGUUCGAGCCAUUCGCAGCCGAGCUCGACAUAAAAGCCAUGAAAGGGGUAGAAAGCCUCUUUCUAACACUGAAGGACAAGGUGACUAAGGAGUUGGUGUCCCAAAAGGCUUCAGAGGAAAGCUUGGUUUUUGACGAGGCACUUGUGUUGAAGUAUUUUGGCACUGAUACAAAUCUUUCCAUUUCUAAACCCGCCGAUGGCGACUAUGCUGCUGCCUUCACAGCUCUGCAUCUACGCGAAUUUGCCUUUUCUAUGAAUAGGCCUAUUAUCAUCGAAUCUGUCAAGGUUCGAGGCUCAGGAAGCACUGGUGCACCGAGUCAUGAGACGUCAGCAUGCAAAGAGAUGGCUUCAAGUAAGCGAAAGUUGUUCUCCGACAGUGCUGUGAGGCAAAGAGUAUACCUUGAUGGCUCAUGGCAGGAGACGAGAGUCUUCAAGCUGGAUGAUAUCCCUGAGGGAAGUCUUAUCAACGGCCCAGCAAUUAUAAUCGACGAGACACAGACAAUACUUGUGGAAUCUCUCUUCCAGGCACAUAUUCUAGUCAACUAUGUUGUGCUGGAAAAGAUAGCUUCUGAAGAACAAUCCCUCAAGUGUUCUAUUUCACGGACCUUAUCUACAUCGAAAGACACCCUAAGUCCCAUUAAACUAUCCGUCUUCGCCCAUCGCUUCAUGGCAAUCGCCGAGCAAAUGGGCAACACCCUCCAACGAACAUCCAUCUCAAGCAGCAUCAAAGAACGACUCGACUUUUCCUGCGCCAUCUUUUCCCCCGAGGGCAAACUUGUCGCCAACGCUCCCCACAUCCCCAUCCAUCUCGGAAGCAUGCAAUUUGCUGUCCAGGCCCAGCACCGCCACUGGAGCGGAAAGCUUAAACCUGGCGACGUUCUUCUAACGAAUCAUCCAUCUUGGGGUGGAACCCAUUUACCGGACUUAACAGUGGUUACACCUGUUUUCGUGGGAGAUCAGAUAGCAUUCUACGUUGCGUCUCGAGGUCACCAUACCGAUAUCGGCGGUAUGGGUAUCACUAGUAUGAUGCCCGAGUCGCGGUCUCUAUGGGAGGAGGGUAUAAUAGUACCAUCCAUGAAGAUCGUCAGCAGUGGCGAGUUUCUUGAAAGUGAAGUCCGGGCCGCGUUUGAGAAAGUCGGUACUUAUCCUGGCUGCAGCGCAACACGCCGUAUUCAAGACAAUAUUUCAGACCUCAAAGCACAGACGUCAGCUAACCAGCGCGGUAUAACCCUCCUUCAGAAGCUCUGCAACGAGUAUUCGCUAGAAGUGGUGCACAAGUACAUGACGGGUAUCCAAGAUAAUGCAGAGCUUGCAGUACGGGAGUUCUUCAAGAAACUGGCUCAUGAGCAUCCGGGUCCUCUAUCAGCGACAGAUUACCUGGACGAUGGCACUGUCAUGAAAGUCAGGAUCAGUAUCGACAAAGACACAGGUAGUGCUAUAUAUAACUUCGCUGGCUCAGGUCCCCAGAUGUGGGGAAAUUAUAACUGUCCAAUUUCUAUCACCCACUCGGCGAUUAUCUACAGCAUCAGAUGCUUGGUCAAUCUUGAAAUCCCCCUAAACGAAGGCUGCUUAGCACCAUGCGAUAUUCGCGUGCCCGUGGGCUCUAUCCUCAAUCCCACUCCGACUGUGGCCAUCUGUGGCUCAACACUAGCAAGUCAGCGAGUAAUCGACCUAGUCCUCCGUGCUUUCGGUCGCUUUGGCGCAAGUCAGGGUUGUGCAAAUGCUCUCGGUUGGGGCAUGGGGGGCAAGAAUCCAGUGACGGGUAAGACUGAACCAGGGUGGAAUUACGGAGAGUCGAUUGGCGGAGGGGUCGGUGCUGGUGAGGGCUACAACGGUGCGAGCGGCGUGCACGUCCAUUCCACGAACACCCGUCAAACCGAUAGUGAAGUGAUAGAAAAGCGCACUGCCGUCCUUGUACGAAGAUAUGGCAUCCGAGAGGGCAGCGGCGGAAAAGGUCGCUGGCGUGGUGGCGAUGGCAUCAUUCGCGAGAUCGAAGCGCGCGCAAAUCUCAAGUUCAGUAUCCUGAGCGAUCGACGGGUGUACAGACCGUACGGAAUGGCUGGGGGUUAUGGAGGCCAAAAGGGCGAAAACCUUGCUUUUAAGUUCAAUGAGCAGCUUGAGAUGGAAGCAAUUAAUCUGGGUGGCAAGGCGAUUGUGCAUCUUGUGCCUGGAGAGUAUAUCCAGAUCAAUACGCCUGGAGGAGGCGGCUAUGGAACGCCAGAUGAUGAGGAGGUCGACCCAGGCUUCAAGGUUGUAAUAGUGAGAAAUAAUCGGAUAUUGUGUAACUGGAAGGUGAAAUUAUCUAUCAAGCUUAGGGUAGGUAAAAUGCGACUUAUCAAUACCACGACCCUCGAGGUGGAAGAAUUCUUUGACGUGUCCAUUCCCGAAUAUGCUAUUCUAUCGCAUACCUGGGGCGACGGUGAAGUCUCACUACAAGACUGGGCCGAUCGCAAGAACCGCCGCUUCAAGCCCGGGUUUCAGAAGAUCGUCUGGGCCUGUGCUCAAGCUGCCAAGGACCAGUUGGGCCACGUUUGGGUAGACACCAAUUGUAUCGACAAGAGCAGCUCUGCGGAGCUAUCUGAGGCUAUUAAUUCCAUGUUCAGAUGGUACCGAAGAUCUGCUGUCUGCUACGUAUACCUCGAGGAUGUCCCUGCCAUGACUUUGGAUGAAUGCACAAAGGCGGAUAGUGCGUUUAGGAAUGCAAGAUGGUUCACAAGAGGCUGGACUCUCCAGGAACUAAUCGCACCGCCGAAUGUCAGUUUCUUCUCCAGCAACUGGACUCUGAUAGCGACAAAGUCUGAGCUGGCACCUUGCAUCACCGAGAUCACAGGCAUCCCUUGGUCAUGUCUACUCAAGGGCAGGCUGUCCAAAGCACAUCCACUGCGGAGAUACAGCGUUGCACAGAGAAUGGCCUGGGCUUCAAGCCGUUCAACGACACGUAUUGAGGACCAGGCAUACUCUCUCCUCGGACUCUUCGACAUCUCCAUGCCACUGGUAUACGGCGAAGGCUUUGAAGCUUUCACCAGACUACUUGGAGAGAUCAUCCACAAAUAUGCAGAUCAUAGCUUCUUUGCAUCCCGACUGCAAUAUAUCACUCUGCCCAUUGUGCCUACUUUGGUUCCUCAUUUCGUAUUUGGCGUGCUUGAUUGUUGGGACAUUGAGACUACGAGUACCACGACAACGCGUUAUGUAUCACGAAUAUGGAUACCACUCCUCCGGAAGGGAAAUGGUGAGUCGCAGCGGUACCUACGAUUGAUCUGGCCUAAAACCUUUUUCCCGGUAAAGAUGGCUCGGAAGGACAGUAUAAUGUUUCACGAAGAAGAGCAAAUUCUCUCCAAAGGAGACGAGCAUACAUCAGUUGAUUCAGAAGAACCUUCCAAUCACGUGGACACAGUAUCAACAGCGAUGCAAAGAAGCAUUCUGGUCAAGAAGCCAUAUGCGACCAUCCUCUCAGUCCCGUCGUGGCAGCCUCGUGAAGCAGGAAGCCCGUUCCUACUCUGCUUUCCUCGAGGAACGGCAGACUACCGUCUAUACGGUAUCUUCCCCAGCGACCAUGAGUCUGACACCGCAUGGGCAUCGGAGACACCCCCUUUACUACCACUGAUAAUGCCACGCCGCAUUCACAGAAGCAGCCACCAGGCAGACGAGAGAGAGCUGUUUGGAAAAGGCCAAACGGAAAUUUAUGCUGCAAUGGUCGUGUUCAAGAAGAGAGGAUCAAAACCUCCCAGAUUCGUUGCUAUCUUCCUGUCCAAUAUUGCACAAAAGGAUAACAGGAAAGAAGGAAGAAUAGUCUUCGAGCCUAGAAGUAAGGUCAUUCCGAACUGGUCACCAACGGGAGAUGCAGAUUUGGAAGCCGUUGAUUUCUCUAGUUUUCCCGAUGUUGAAUUUGAUGGCGACACGUUGGUUACGGUGCAGAAGAUAGCAAGUAACCCAAGGAUAAGAGCUAAAGAUCGUUUUGUUGGGCUGACGCAGAUUAUCUUCGAUAGAGAGCAGAUGAUGGAAGAGUUGCGUUUACUACCAGAUAGAAAAGACAAGGCAUCGAGGGGGAUCUUGCAGCAUUAUGGCCAGGAUUCGUCAGACGAAGAGGCUGCCGACUGAUCUAGUACUUCAUCUUUGUAUUCUAGUUGAAUUAUUGUUUAAUGCAAUUCGUAC